AUGUGGUAAAAUCAGAUGUCUGGGAGAGAAAAAGCACUCUGGACAGAGUUUGACAACAGUAACUGUAUAGGGUCGACCAUGAAGACGCUGCUGCUGGUUUAUCUGUGUGUGUAUGUCGCCUGGGCGCAGGAUAACUUGGACUAUGAUGAGGAUGACUCAGUAACACCGGGAUUAAAUGCAACAGUAUCAGGAGCAGCUGUAGAUGCUCGUGGUCACCGCCCAGUACAGAGGGGCAGGGAGACCUACACUGGAAACAGAUAUGCCCCACCCCCUAUCAGCAGUGGUGGCAGGUAUCGUGGACGCCCCACUCCUGCUCCAGUUGGAGGCCGACAGAUCCAGGAGAAGGUGGAGCAGCCCGAUGCAGGAGGAUGUACACAUGCUUCCGAAGAGAUGGGUAUUUUAUGUCCCACUGGUUGUGAUCUGAAGACCACACUGCUGAAGCAAGAGAGGAAUGUCAAGCUGAGCAUUAACGAACUCAAGCCUCAGGUGGAUGAUUUGUCCCGGUCCUCCAACACUGUCUUCAACUACGUCAAUGGCAUGUCCAACUCUCUGAGGGAGCGGCAGAGAGUCUCUAAUGACAACAGCAGGGUGGUUAGUCAGUACACGGACCGAGUGGAGGAGCAGCAUGUCUACAUCAAGGAGAUAGUGGACACAGUGUUCCCUUCCAAUAUCAGAGUGCUGCAGGGAGUUUUGGACAAGAUCAAGCUGAAGAUCCAGAAGCUGGAGAAGGCCAUCCAAGCCCAGAGGGAUGAGUGCAAGGAGCCAUGCGAGACCAAAUGUCCUAUACCAGUAGUUUCUGGUAAGGAGUGUGAGGACAUCUUCCGUCGGGGAGGAAGAGACUCCCAGAUGUACCUGAUCCAGCCUGACACCUUUUACCCUCCAUACAAGAUCUUCUGUGAUCAGACCACCCAGAAUGGAGGAUGGCUUCUUAUCCAGAACAGGCUGGAUGGUAGUGUUGACUUUGGUCGGCGUUGGGACGAAUAUCGUCGUGGAUUUGGAAACAUCGCUUUCGAUUCUGGCAAGGGUCACUGUGCAACUCCUGGUGAGUACUGGCUGGGUAAUGACCGUAUCAGUCAGCUGACCAAGAUGGGCCCAACUGAGGUUCUCAUUGAGAUGGAGGACUGGACAGGAGCCAAGGUCCAUGCCCAGUACCGCCAGUUCACUGUCCAAUCACAGACAUCCAACUAUGUGCUGGCUGUUGAUGGUUACUCUGGCAAUGCUGGUAACUGUUUCCUGGAAGGAUCUCUCACGCUCUUUGGUGAAAACCGUACUAUGACCAUUCACAACGGCAUGAUGUUUAGUACCUAUGACAGAGACAACGACAACUGGACCCCUGGCGAUCCCUCCAAACAGUGCUCCAAAGAGGAUGGAGGUGGCUGGUGGUACAAUCGCUGCCACUCAGCCAAUCCCAAUGGGCGGUACUACAUUGGUGGACCCUACACACGGCAGAUGGCCAAGCAUGGCACAGAUGAUGGUGUGGUGUGGAUGAACUGGAAGGGGAGCUGGUACUCGCUCAAGGCCAUCAGCAUGAAGAUCAGGCCUUACUUUGCCUCCAGAUAAUCCCAGAGUGUUGAUGCAUAUAGCACAUACAAGAAGCUGUCAAAAAAAAAAUCUAUACUUAGGCUCUAAGUUCUAUGUUGAUGGACACACACAUUUACAAAUAACUAACAUAAGUGUCAACAAAUUGUAACAGGAAGUUUAAAGAAGUGACGAAAACAUGGGAAAUGAGAUCUGUUUUACUGACAAGUAUUAAAGUAUUAAAAAUAUGCAUACAGAAUGUCAGGUAAACUUAAUGCUAUCAAAAGUCAGGAGAAAAACCUGAUUAGUUGUGGGUAAAUAUGCUGUGAUCUGUCCUUUCUUGUUAUGUGUGAUAACUAAAAGGAUGAGUUGAUGCAAACUGUCCUCCGCUACUCAAUAAACACAUUGAGGAACAUA